AUGGGAACCACGGGGAUCCGGACGUUGCUCGUCGACGCGUUGGAGUUCUACGAGAAGGAGAACGCCAAGAACCAUCACACGGACGCGUACGAGCUCGUCAACCAUGGGACGCCCGUGUUUCGGAGGGGAGAGGCCUUCUACAUGGCGCUCAGGUUCAAGGCCAGGGACUACGAGGUCAAGAGGGACAUGGUCAAGUUCGUCUUCAGCUUC